UUCUUGCGCGUCCUUAUCAAUAUGAGGAUUUUUACAAAGACCCAGAAUCUAGUGUGAACAAUCACCAUCCGAAAAUUCAUGAGCAACUUAAUCUUCCAUACUGGGUUAAAGUUGUCCUUACAGUUAUUUUAGUUCUAUUAGGUGAAUUGAAGGAAUUAAUUAAUUAUCAUGGGUCUUCUACUAAACAUGGGGGUGAUCUUGUUACGGAUAGUGUCACAAUUAUUCGUGGAGCGCUUGAUCUUCAAGAUAAAGCAGUCGAAAUUGCGAUGACACCGAUUGAUAAGGUUUACAUGUUACCUAUAGAUACUAUCAUGGAUAGAAUAACCAUGCGAGAGAUUUAUUCAACAGGUCACUCAAGGAUUCCCAUAUUUGGAGGAUCACGUCAAAAUAUCAUUGGCGUUUUACUAACCAAGUCCUUAAUAAUGUAUAGUCCAGAUGAUGCUCGUUCGUUAAAAACCUUUCCUAUAAAUACCAUUCCUACAGUCUCAGCCGAGACACCUUUAUUUGAUAUUUUAAAUACAUUUCAAGAUGGCAGAAGUCACAUGGCCAUUGUGAUUAAGGAAAAUAAUCCUAUCGGCAUCAUAACAUUGGAAGAUGUUCUUGAAGAAUUAAUUCAAGAAGAAAUUUAUGAUGAGUCGGAUACACGAAUUGGUUUAGCAGUUAAAUUAGAAACCGGUGACCAGUUGAUUUUAGCAUCCAAAAAAAGACGUGGAGAAUCAAGCAAGCAGCAAGUAUAUCACAAAAAUAAAUUCAAGAGUCCAACCUCAAGAGCUGAUUCAGGACAAGAAGCACCGUCUCACUUUGAAGGAGAAAGUAAUCGCGUUGGAGAUUUAAUGGUGUUUGACGAACCUAGUACAAUGUCUACGGUUGGAUCACACGAUGGUACUGGUAAGUCAUCUUAUAUUUAUGAUUUGUUAGACACGAAUAUUAAUUAA